GUGUAGUACGAAAGUUUAGAUGACAAAUUUAAUGUUUAAGCGGAAGUGGAAAGGAACAACAACUUCCCGCCAAGUUUUGAGGAAAUUAACAAAACAAAAGAAGAAUGAUGUAUGGUAUUAUGAACUACUGAUAGUAAAAUUAUGGACAUCUUGGAGGUAGAAGUGUUGCCAAAGGAAUCAUUGACAAAGUCUGCCAAGAAGAAAAAAGAUCUAGAUGGGCAAGUUGGCAAAAAUGUCAGAAAGAUUUCAGAUUUCUUCAAAACCCCUGAAAAGCAAGUUGAAAAACAAAGACAGAAAAGUCUGUUACAGUUUUUUGGUAAGCAAGACAUAGGAGAAGACAAGAAAGAAGAAAACAUUGUGAUAGCAACUUCAGAUGAUGUCUUAGUUAAUGGAACUGAUGUUACUACUCCAACUAAUAGUGACAAAGAAAAUAAUGAAGUUCUUGACAAUGAUGGAGCAAAUACUGAAAAUGGGGAAACUAAAUCUAAGUUAAGUAAAAAGCCAAAAACUGCUGGUAGCGAGGAAAGUAAUCCUGGGCUGCAGUUGCAUGAUAAGGAGAUUAAUGACACUAAAAGGCACAAAAAGCAUAAGAAGAAAAGAAAGACCAAAGAUGAAAAAACAGAGCUUAACAUGUCUGACUCUGUUAUAUUGUUAUCAGAUUCAAGUUCAAGUAAUUUCUCAUUUCUUGAAAGUACUGAUAAACUGAAAGAGACAGAAGUUGGAAACAAAGAAAUGGUAAGUGAUAAAGAUGUAGCAAAUAAGUGUAUUUCAUCGCCAAGAGAAAAGAAAGUGAAAGGGGAGGUUGACCAAGAUAAAGAAGUGAAGAGAUUCAAUAGUGUUGAGCACAAGAAAAUUAGAAAUGAAAUUGAAAUGGAAACAGAAGAGGUUAAAACAGGAGCACAUGAAAACAAUAGCAAAGUUAUAAGCAAAGGUAAAAAUUACAGUUUAUUUAAAGAGAGAAAUCAUGGAAAACAGACAAAUGAGGUAGUUCAGGAAAGUUCUGAAGUAACAAAGACCACAGCAAAUACUGAUAAAAUUACUGAAAAUAUUAGGGACAGCGAAACUUUUUUUGUAAAACAUGUAGAUAAAGACAAAAAUAAAAAGCUGGAAAAGUCGACAAAAAUAAAAGAAAGUACUGAAAGUAAGAAGAUUAAAAAAUCGAAAUUAGAAUGUAUAAAUGGAGGUGAUAAAAAUGGAAAAGAGGUUGAGAAAGAAGUGGUAGGCAAGGCAAGAAAAACUGAACCAACAUGCACUUCAAGUGAGAUUUUAGAUAAUGGAAAGAAAAAAUCUAAGAAAAGUGCAUUGAAAGGAAAAGAUAUGCUUAACUUGUUAAAAGAGAUUCAGUCAGGAGAAUCAGAAGAGAAAAAUAAAAGAAAACACAAAAAGAAGCAUAAACACCAUAAAGCAAAAGAUAAACCUAAUAAAGAAGUUCUUGAAAUAGCAGUUUCAGAAGAUAAUUCUGAUGGUAAAGAAGAGGUCAAAGUGGUUGCUGAAGAUAAUGAGGAUGAGAAGAGAACUGGUAAUGAAAUAUUUAAUGAAGCUGGUAAAAGAGUGACUAGGAGAAGAAGUAAAGUCGUAAAUGAUGUGAAAGAUAUUGAAGAGGAAGAAGAAAGUAAUUUGAAAGAGGUUGUAAAUGAAAAGCAUAAACAUAAGAAAUUAAAAGGAAGUAAAGACUUGGACAAGGAUUCAGUAACAAGUGGAUCAAAACAAGUAUCCUAUCAAGACUUUUCUGAUACUUUAGAUAAGACGACUUCAAAGGAACAUGAAGUAAAAAAAGGGAAUGAAGUCAAAGAAAUGUCCUAUACAGAAUACUUGGAAAUGGUUGAAAAAUCAAAUGUUGAUGAAAAGAGUGUUGACCUGAUAGAAUCUGAUACUGAUAAUGUGACUGAACCUCAGCUUGUUGAUGAUGAUGAGAUUGACUUGGAAAUAAUCGAUAAUGAUUCUGGAAAAGUGGAAAAAGAUGCUGAAAAAGGUGAUUCCAAAAAGUUCUUUACAUUUAUGACUUCAACGCCAGACAGAGAAAAGUUGAAUAAAAAGACGGGAAAAGUUGUUGGCAAAAGAGGCCGAAAGCCUAAGGCGGAGCAAAUAAAAUCGUCAGUUACAAGCGAGGUAGAAAAUAAACAAGCAAUUGAAUUAAUUGAAACCAAAAAGAUGGAAAUAGAUGUAGAAGUUACUGAUGCAAAGGAAGAAAAACAAAUACAUUCAGAGGAUAUCAAAUGUGAUGUUAGCAGCAAAAGUUUAUUUUGUGGAAAGAAAACUCAAGCCACCUUAAGUUUUGGUAAAUCAGGCCUUACUGUUUCUAAAGCAAUAACUAAAUCAGAUGAGGAGGAGUCUAAAGAUAAAACAAGUGAGAUAGUGAGUAAUGAUAAAGUUGAGAAACCCAGUACCAAUGAGGGGGAAGGAAUGAAAGCUCCUCCAAGAAAACGAGGGAGAAAGCCAAAACAAAAUAUUACCGAGGCUCUUAAUGCUAGUGACAGUUCUGUGUUUGCUACACCUGAGAAGGUUAUAAGGAAAGGAAAGAGGCAGCUUGAGGAUGAUGAAUCUGAAUCUGGUGAUAAUGAUGACAGGAGACGUUCACUGAGAAAACGAUACAAAGUCGAAGCUUUUCAGAUGGAUGCUGAUAAAAAGACCCCCAUCAAGAUAAAACUGAAGAGAUGUCCUAAAAGUAGCAGCAGUGGUGAAGAUGUUGACAAGUCUGCUUUAAAUCUAAAAAAAGUCAAGCCUACAGUGAAUCAAACCACAGCUCUUGCUUUGCUGGAAAAAGCUAAAAGAGGAAGGCUUAAGAAACAUAAGAUAAAGAAAGACAAAGAAAUUUUUAGCCUUAAGAAACACAAAGAGGCCAAGAAGUUGAAAAAGAACCUAAAGAAAAGAAAUGCAUCAAAUUCUUCGGAGGAUUCUUUGACUCGCAGAAGUUCAAGAUUAGAGGGAAAGUGUAUGGCAUCAAUGGAAGAGGUCUCGUUAGAAAAUAUUGUGAUAUCAUCAUCUGAUGAUGAAGAUGAGAGUGUGAAAAUUGUCCGGAAAAGGGGUCGUCCAAAAGGGUCCAAAAAUGUUAAAUCAGAGAUACCAAAGAAUGUAGAUGAAAUCAAUUUGGUAGAUAAUAAGGGGACCCCAAAGAAGGAUGUCGUGAAAAAGAAGGUUGGCACUCCAUCUAAAAAUAGAACUCCAUCCAAGAAAGGAUCGAAGCUUGCCCCUAUGUUUUUAAUUGGAAAAAACAAGGCGGCAGAGCCCUCCCCGAAAAAACCACCCUUAGAUCCAGAGCUUGUUAAGCAGAGACAACAAUUUCUGAUGAGUGGGGUACCUGAAGCUCUACGUAAACAGACUGCUACCAGGAUUGCAUCACAAGUUGAUGCUGACUACCCACCUUUACCUAGAACCAGUCAUGUUUUACAGGUCCCAAAAGAUCAAAUACUUGUACAAAGAGGCACGGUUAAUGUUUGGGACUUGAACCCUGUAGAGCUGGGUCUGCGUUAUUUUAUUAUUCCUUUUAUUAUCCAUCCACAUGCAAGGUUUACUGGUGACCUGAUAGCGAGAUAUGAUAAGAAACCUGACAGUUUAAGCAGAAUAGUGAAUUACAAGCCACCUGUGCCAAUAUCUGAUGAUAUGGUAGAGUUAUGUAAAGGGGAAAUAGCCAAUUUUAAUUCCACAUAUCCUGUCACUGCGAUGUAUAAAGCUGUGAAAGAAAUGAAAAUUGAAACAGAGAGACCACCACCAAAAUCUGAGUCUAUGUUAAAGACAGACAUGGCAGGUAUACUGGAUGGUUGUACAGAUAUGAUGGUUAUUUAUGAUGAGGAAGAAGAACAGGGAAAAAGGAAAAAGAAGAAAAAUCUGAAACUACAGAAAAGAGAUAAAAUAGAAGAAAAGAAUGAAGAACCCAAAGUUGAUGAUAAAUGUAAAGCUGUUGGAUCUAGUUUGUUGUGGACAGAGAAGUAUUGCCCCUCUAAAACUGCUGAAGUGUUGGGUAACUCUGGAGUUUUGAAGAAAUUGAAGACCUGGUUGACAGAAUGGAAACAUUUACUUGACAAGGAGGCAAGAAAAGCUAGAAAAUUACUGAUGAAGAAAAACAAAGGGAAGCAACUAAAUAAGAAAUGUAAUGAUGAUUUAUGGGAUGAUGGGAGUGAUUUUGAAAUGGAUAGUGAUGACAGUGAUGAUGAUGACUCCUUGUGUAAUACUAUGCUCUUGUCAGGGCCACAUGGUUGUGGCAAGACUAGCUCAGUCUAUGCUCUUGCCCUGGAAUUAGGAUUUAAGGUACAUGAAGUAAAUGCAUCAUCAUGUAGAAGUGGUAAACAGAUUCUGUCCCAGCUUCAGGAAGCCACACAGUCCCAUCAAGUCUCUAGUCAGGGAAAUCAUACACCAAGGAAAAACACAGCUCUUGGUGACAAGCCCAAACCAGAAAACAAGAUGCCUACAGCAUUUACAAAUCUGUUCAAGAAAGCAGCACCUUCUGAUGAUAGUAAACAAGAGGAAAAACCAGCUGGGAGGAAAAGGAAAAGACACAAAUCUGAUAAAGAUGGCAACACGAAGACUAAGGGAGAGAAGAAAGAAGCAGAGUUGAAGCACAAAAGUUUACAGUUAAUUAUAGAAGACAGUAAUUCCCAAAGUGUAGCGAAGAGUCUCAACCUGUCCAGUACAACACUGAUUUUGUUUGAUGAGGUGGAUGUGGUAUUUGAUGAAGACAAGGGAUUUUUAUCAGCUAUACAAAGCUUUAUGUCUAAAACAAAGAUUCCAAUAAUUCUAACAACAGCAGAUCCGGGCUUUACUAGCACGUUUAAGGGAAGAUACGAACAAAUGAUCUUAAAGAGACCUUCAGUGGCAAGUAUUACAUCUCACCUUCAAACAGUCUCACUGGUUGAGAACGUACGCACCGACCCGUUGAUGUUCGCAGAAAUGGCACAAUUUUACAACUGUGAUAUGAGGAAAUGUCUGAUAACUCUACAAUAUCUUCUAGAGUCAGGAGGAGGUCAUGUGACCUCUAGUCGAGUUAUUCCAGCUGUUAAAGAUCGGACAAAGACUGCAAACUUGCUUGGAUUAGAAACGGAAAACUCUCAAAGCUGUUCACAAAGUGAUACUGUAGUAACGGAAAAUAGACAAGUGACUGAUACAAUAGAUAAAGAUGUAGACAACAGUGAUGAUGACUUUGUUUCCAUUAAACCAUCUCGGAAAAGACGUCGGGUUUUGGAAGACGAAAGUUCUAAUUCUGUGGAUGCUUGUAGCAAAGUUGUUACGCCAGUCAUGUCAGAAUCGAUACCUGUGGAGACAAAUGAGGAGUGUAAAAAUUAUCCUUUAGUUCAUAGUUUAGGAUUGGAGUCAUUGAUAAGUGCCAGUAGCAUUUGCAUAGCUGAUAUGCUAUCUCAGGGGCUUAAGGCGAAGACAGAGUCCACCCUUCAAGAGAUGAUAUGUACUUGCUGUAAUGUUAAACAGAACUCGGGGAGUGAUCUCUUUUAUAACAACCUACACUGUAUCUUACCUUUUACUUCUACAGUUGUAGACUCAGUAUUCAAACCGUCUCAGGUCAAGAGUAAAAAUAAAACGAGGCAAAGAAUACGAAUAGAAAGUGAUUUAUAUGACAGUGAGGCAUCAAAUGAUGCCAGUCAAGUUGAAGAUACUGCUGAACCUAAGGGAGACAAUCUGGACAAUCAGACCAAUGUAGAAAGCUCAAAGCAAGGAUGCAAAGAGGAAAAUCUAUGUUUAGCCAAAAGUUUGUCAUAUUUUACACAAUUUUACGACACAAUGUCAUCAUUAGAUAUGUUAGAAGCUAUCGAUACAAAGAAAGUUUGUGAUAAUUUAAAGGGUUUUAAUGGUAGGGACGUUAAAGGUACUCUAGUGUCUGGUAUGGGAAAUGAACUUGCUAAAUUUCCAACACAUUGUGAAUUAGAUCUCAAAACAAGUAGGGAUUAUAGCUCAGAAAUAGGAACUAGGAGCAUGUGUAAGAUGUAUAGUGGUUGUGGUAUGGUGAAGGAGGAAGUGGAGAAGUUGUGCAGGGAGAAUGAGACAUUUGAGGAGAAUUUUAUCCUUCCAGUCAACAGGCAGAAUGAACAUUUCACCCUAGUUGACAAUAAUGUUAUCAGCAUUCCUGGUGAGUACAAGAGAGCAUGUGACAAUACUGUAGAUAAUCUACCUCUGGUAUCACAUUCACAUCUUAGAUCAGUACAUCUAGACUACCUGCCUACACUCAGGGAAAUCUGCAGAACAGAACAAUGUAGACAAGUUACUAACACAAAAAGGAGGUUUCAUCAUUAUCUUGACAGUAUAACUUUGCCAUUGAAAGACAGGACAAUAUCUACCCUAGCAACCACAUUUGUUUGAUCAUCACUAUGGACAUUUAUUAUAUACUGUAAAAAUUAGUUCUACAAUCAAGACAACUUCAUUUAUUUAAGUUUACUUAAUUAAGUGCCUUAGUGUGAUAUGAAAAGUUGUUUAUGUGACAUAGUCUGGUAAAGAUACAAAUGCUGAAAUUCUGUUGGUCAGUUUAAAAAAAGAAUUAUUUCAACCAAUCAGAUGCUUUUGAAAUCUGACUGGUUGGUCUAAAUCCAUUAAGAGUGAAAAAAUAGCAAGAUGAUUAUUAUUUCUAGUUGAUCUCCGUGUUUGUGUUUUUUCAUGUAGGGGGGAGGGUAAACUUCAGCAUGUGUUUAUGUAUUGAGGUAUUAAGUAUAUUUUAUAGUUGUGGGAAAGAUCCCAAUGCAAAGAUGUUUUAGGAAAUAAUCGACAAUAGUUUUGCAUGGAGAUAAGUUGUACACAUUGGUUAUAUUUUUAAUGAUAAAUUAAAACUUACUUAUGUUGUGUGUAUUUAAGUUGUCAUGGACAACUUAAUAUAAUAAUUGCCUCUUUUGCAUUCUUGUGUAUUACAGCAUGGAUUUUAGUUUUAAAGAUUUUUUGUGUGCUUAACAUCAUUUUCAAUUCAGAACAAAUUUGUACAAAGAUAAAAUUGUAAAACAUAAUUGUAUAAAUAUUUUUAUUAUUGAAAAUGCAUGACAAAUGGCAGCAAAGUCACAAACUGUUAUCAUACAUAAACAUGAACCAAUUUCACCUCAACAAUUAUGUAAUUUGUAUUAAAACAUUUAGGGGCAUCCGUGGUUGAGUGGUUAAAGUUGUUGACUUUAAACCACUUGCCCCUCACCGCUGUGGGUUCAAAUCCUGACAGGGACUUUGGAUUCUUUCAUGUGAGGAAGCUAUCCAGCUAGCUUAUGGAACGUCGGUGGUUCUUCUCUGGUGCCCGGUUGUGGCUGAAAUAAUGCAAGGAAGGGCACCUGAGGACUUCCUCCACCAGUAAAACUGGAAUGUCGCCAAAUGACCUAUACUGUGUCGGUGUGACGUAAAACCCAAUUGAACAAACAAAAUUAAAACAUUUCAAAAACACAGUAACACCAGACAUCAAAUACUCUUCCCUUUGUGAAGUUACCCUUUUGAAUACUGGUAAUGUGUAGCAACAUUGACUGGUGUUUUGACAGACUGCUCUUGGCAUUCAUUUCUUUAUAAUUUUUUUUGCCCAUCUUUGAUAAAUAUUAAGUGUUAUUUUGUAGCAGCAUGGCCCUUUUUGUAAAUGUUUUUGUAACAAUUUUGCUUCAUGUUACAUUUAUUAUUUACUAUAUAUCAUUAUGUGAUUUUAUUUUAAUUUAAUUAUUUGCACUGAUUAUAUGAUACAAAAUAUAUCAAAUUAUUUAUUUUUAGAUUGAAAGUUAGUUUAAAAGUAGUACAAUUUGUAAGUGCUUGUAAAGUGUUUUAGUAAAAUACACUUAGAUGAGCAUUUUAUCAGUCGUUUUUUGUUCCCUGAAUUUUUUUGUUAUGCCUAUUUGAAAAACAAGUCAUAGUUUACUUCCUGGUGGGUGCCGCCCCAGCAUCCAAUUUUUCUCCAGAGCAUAUCUUCUACACCCAUGGAAGAAUUUUAAUGAAACUUCAAACAAAUGUUCACCACUAUGAGAAGCAGUUCAUGUGCAUGAGCCAGGUCUCUAGGCCAAAGGUCAAGGUCACACUUAGAGGUCAUCGAAAAACACUUGUAUAGAGCAAAACUUCUACAUGCAUUGAGGGUUUUCAAUAUAAUUUGGCACAAAUGUGUACUAUUGUGAGGCAGUGUCGCAUGCAAAAUUAGGUCCCUUCGGUCAUGGUCACACGGGUCAAAAUUCAGAUAAAAAAAAUCACUAGAGAUGAUAAUAUAACCAGAUAUUUUCCAGAUAUUUCCCAGAGCAUAUCUACUAUAUGAAUAUCUAUAAUGCCCACAUCUUCUGUGAAUUAUAAAAGAUGUCAAAUUUUAUUUCACAUAGAUUUUGAUAAAAUAUUUUCAUUACAUUUAAUGAUUUUGUUUUAUUAUGAAAAAUAGAUGAUUUAGAAUGAGAAUAUAUAAACAGUAUUUACUUAGUACCUAAAUUUGUAUUGUGUUUGUAUACUGAUGUGCAAGGUGGUAAAUAGGUAGUUUAGGCCAUUACAACAGGCCAAUAAGGCUUUGAGAUGGUUGGAAAGAAUGUUGAAAAAAAGGUGAGAGGAAUGAAUUGUGAAUAUUUUAUAAUUAUGUACUUGAAAUGGAAAUUUUGUUGAUAACUUAUAUUUAGUUUAACAUUGCCCUUAGUUUUUUAUAUUUUUAAAUUAAUUGUAAUAUAAUGUUACGUAUGGGAUAUUUAUUUCUUGAUUUUUUUUUGUGAUUAAAAAUAAAUUGUAAAAUAUUAA